CAGGCUUCAGUUAUAUUGACGUGAAAGAGAAAUUACGAUGUUGGUGUAAAAUAAAGUUCACAGUUGUUUUUUCCUUUUUUUGGCUUCACUUAACAGCCUGCAUACACACCUCUUUGGAUUCCUUGUUACAUUGUUUAUCCUGGAAGUCUUUCCCUAUCACCUCCUUUGAUGGUGUCACGCAGGUUGUGAAGAUCAAGCUCUGAUUGGUCGGAGACUAACAUGAAGUAUGUCUCUCAGCCAACUCACAGCCAGAAUUCAUGACUUUUGCCAAGGAACAUUUUAACAGACAGAGAUAUUGUGUAGUCUGAGCCUGGCAGGUUUGAGCCCUUGUUUGCAGAAUGGAUUCAAUCUUUUCUGUAAUCGGAUCCUACAUUGACUGGAAUGUCAGAAGUCUGCUGCUCUUCACUUCAGUUUUCAUCCUCACUGCAGAUUAUAUUAAGAACCGUCGGCCGCACAGCUUCCCUCCAGGACCUCGGGCAUUUCCUAUUGUGGGCAACAUAUUCACUCUGGAUUUCAACAGGACCCAUGAGAGUAUGACACAGUUAGCAGGGAAAUAUGGAGACGUGUACAGUCUGCGAAUGGGCAAAAGGUGGAUGGUGGUGUUAAAUGGGUUUGAGGUCCUGAAAGAAGCUCUGGUAAAUCAGGGGGACAGCCUGGCGGACCGACCAGGCAGCCCUCUGCAGAUGGACAUAAGUCAUGGACUAGGUGUAGUUUUCAGCAAUGGGAACACAUGGAAGCAGCAGAGGCGUUUUGCAUUGUCGACCCUCAAAUAUUUUGGAUUUGGCAAGAAGUCACUUGAACCUGUCAUCUUGAAUGAAUUUACACAUUGUGCAAACGCCUUAAUUAGCCAUAAAGGUAAACCAUUCAAUCCUCACCUCGUCCUCAACAACGCUGUCUCCAACAUCAUCUGCACCUUGGUUUUUGGUCAUCGCUUUGAGUACAGUGAUGAGAAGUUCAUCAAACUGAUGAAGAGCGUUGGCAAAGCUUUCAAGCUUCAUGCCUCAAUCUGGGCACAGGUUUACAACUCAUUCCCUCGACUGAUGAGACAUUUGCCAGGGCCACAUCAGACAGUCCUGCACAGCUGGAACAAUAUAAAGGACUUCAUAAGACUGGAGCUUAAGCAGCACAGACAGAACUGGGAUCCCUCAGACCAAAGAGACUUCAUCGACUGCUACCUGAAAGAGAUUGAGAUGAAUAAGGAGCAGGCUGACAGUACUUUUAAUGAGGAAAACCUGGUUAUGUCUGUCUCAGAUCUGUUUGCGGCUGGCUCUGAGACCACAGCUACCACUCUGCGCUGGGCUUUCCUCUACAUGGCAAAGUACCCUGAGAUUCAGGCAAAGGUCCAGGCUGAGAUAGACAGAGUCAUUGGACAGUCCAGACAGCCGUCCAUGGAAGAUCGUGCAAAUCUGCCGUACACUGAUGCUGUCAUACAUGAGAUCCAGAGGAUGGGCAACAUAGUUCCUCUCAGCGUGCCUCAUGCUACCACCAGGGACAUCGAGCUGGGAGGAUACACAAUCCCAAAGGGACUUACAAUAAUCCCCAAUCUGACCUCGGUGCUGUUCAACAAGAAUGAAUGGAAGACUCCCAACACCUUCAACCCAGGACACUUUCUAAACGAGGAGGGCAAGUUUGUGAAGCCAGCUGCUUUCAUCCCUUUCUCUGCUGGUAAGCGGGUGUGUCUCGGAGAGAACCUGGCCAGGAUGGAGCUUUUCCUCUUCUUCACCUCCUUCAUGCAGCACUUCACCUUCUCCACGCCUGCUGGGGUGAAGCCUGUGAUGGACUAUUGCUUUGGUGUGACUCUGGCACCAUGUCAAUAUGAAAUCUGCGCAACCUCAUGCUAAGAGUAAAUUUGACAUAACAAAUAUUCAAAAAAGUAAUAACUUUUUGUCAUUAUGUCACUAUGAGGAGGUUUAGUAAGUACAUCAAAAUGUUGCUUGGCUUCAAUUCUAGAUCAAAUAUUUUUUUAAGGCUAGAUAAGACCUUCUCUUUUGUCUGAACGAGACAUGAGUCACUUUGUCUUUUUGUUGAUUUCUCUCAUUUAAGUCAAAAAUGUGUGAUACAUCUCAAAAAAGUUUAUGAAGUUACAGUUGAUUUCUAAGACAUGCCAAAGAGGAUAUGGAGGUCGAUUUUUGUUAUGUAUUAUAACUCAUAUAAUGACAUGGCAAAUCAAAUUUUUUAAGAUUUUUUUUUUAACUUAGGAGUUAAAGCAGGAUUUUAAAAUUUAAUUUUGGGGGAUUUUUACCAACUAAAGAACAUGAAUAACGGUAAAGAAUAUUGCCGUGGUCAACAACUAAAAAAAUGAAAGCCAUUCAGUUCCUGUACAGUUGUUGUAAAUGGGGAAUUUAGCUAUACCAGGCUGUCAACAUGUGUAUUUCUGCUUUAAAAUUCGGGGUCUAUAAGGUUUGAGGGGUUGACUUGCUUUUGGAGACAGCCUCAUGUGGCCAUUCGAGGAACUGCAGUUUUAGGCACUUCCACAUCGGCUUUAUUUUUUAGCCCUACAGAUUGCAGCCUGAUCAGAACCACAGAGAUUCCUUUUUCACCACGACAACCAUAUUCCCUCUGAACAACUGUCUGGUGAAUAAGUGGUUGUGUGCUAGACGCACAUUACUCCAGAUGACGGCUGGAAUCAAGCUGCAGCCUAAUGUCAAAUGUGUGUCUGACUGCUUCAGGUGAAAGAAGGAGAAUCUGCAUCAAAUCAAAUGAGCUCACUGUUCACCUCAACUUACCUGGCAUUUGACAUGACAUUGUAAAUGCCACCAGACGUCAAAUAAACACAGCCGUCACAUGGGAUUAAAUUCCUUAUUGUUAACAAUAGAAUAAUUGUUAUCCACCUUAUUCCUAGCCCCCAUGAUACCUUGCAUGAAUUAUGUGUGCAACUUCUGGCGUUGAACUGAAACUGUACUGACGCUGAGUGGCGGCCCUAAAGUUUUGCGGAUUUUUACCAACUAAAGAUCAUGAAGUAGGGUAAAGAAUAUUGCUGUGGUCAUGUGAAAACCUUGCAACCACUCUGGGUAAAUAGGCUAUAUAGGAUUAUAUACAACUGUUACAUAACACAACAACUAAAAAAAUAAAAGCCAUACUCAAUUCCAAGAAAAAGUCCUACAUUUAAACUCCUUUACAAAGGUCAAAGUACUCCCGCUGUAAAAUGGCUCCUGUGACUUAUUUCAUUCGUACAUAUUACUUGAUUAGAGUAUUACUGAUAAAUCAAUGCAUAAAUAGCAUUUUGUAGCUUCUCAAGGUGGUGUUAGUUUUAUGGGGACUAUUUUUUUUUGCUGAGGGGACUGGGAACCAAAGGAACAUACAAUCUAUCAGGGAGUUUAUUAGAUAAUGAAGGACAAAUAGUGUGGGAAAUAAGAAAAACUAAUUUCUGCACAAAUUUGUAUUUCUGUCCUACUUUUAUCUUUUUGUGAAAUUUAUAAUCUCUGGGGGUUUAAUCUGAGAAGUUCAGAGGGUAAAUCUCUCUUUGGUGGAACUGCUAAGGUAUGGAAGCCCAUUUCCGCCACUUGAUGGAAAAAAAUAAGAUCUACGAAGUCAAAAUAAUGAGAUACUAAGUCAAAAUAAUGACUUACUAAGUCAAAAUAAUGAGAUACUAAGUCAAAAUUAUGACUUACAAAGUCAAAAUAAUGACUUACUAAGUCAAAAUAAUGAGAUACUAAGUCAAAAUUAUGACUUACAAAGUCACAAUAAUGACUUACUAAGUCAAAAUAAUGAGAUACUAAGUCAAAAUUAUGACUUACAAAGUCAUAAUAAUGACUUACUAAGUCAAAAUAAUGAGAUACUAAGUCAAAAUAAUGACUUACUAAGUCAAAAUAAUGAGAUACUAAAUGAGAUACUAAACCAGCUGGAAUAAGGCUGUUACACUGACAAACUACAUGGUCAUGGUAUGGUAUGAACAUGUGUCAUAUAGGAUGUGAACUUGAAGGUCCUAUGCAGAGUCCUGAUCUCACCUCUAAAGAAAUGACCCUCUGGAUAAACUGGAAAGCUAAUGAGAAGGAUAAAUCAAAAAAGGCAAAGAGAAACAUGUCUUUAUAUGAUCAUAUAAAACACUAUGAAUUGCAUUUAGAAUUAGUUGAAAGUCCAACGUGCCCCUUCCAUGGAUUAAAAAGAUAUGAUCACAUCUUUUUUUGCAAAGCAGAAGCUCAUUCUUCUGACAGACCAGGAACAACACUUCCAGGCAGUAUAUGUUGGUAUGCUUUUGCUAGUUGUUGGUGGAUGACACAGUCAACAAUAAGACUGAUAUCAGAUCAUUUGAAGUGGG